GAGACGACGCGGAGACGCAGGGGCGGCGGCGCCAAGGUGACAAGCUGCGCACCUGGAAAGUUACCCGGCUGUCUGGUCCUUGAGCAAAAUGGGAAAUGGUUCAGUGAAACCCAAACAUUCUAAGCAUCCAGAUGGCCACUCCGGGAACCUCACCACCCAUGCGCUGCGGAGCAAGGUGACAGAGCUGGAGAGGGAGCUGAGGAGGAAGGAUGCUGAGAUCCAGGAGCGGGAAUACCAUUUGAAGGAGCUGCGGGAACAGCUGUCGAAGCAGACCGUGGCCAUUGCUGAGCUCACGGAGGAGCUCCAGAGCAAGUGCAUCCAGCUGAACAAGCUUCAGGAUGUGGUGCAUAUGCAGGGAGGAAGCCCGCUUCAGGCCUCUCCAGAUAAAGUGCCUCUUGAGGUCCACCGGAAGGCCUCGGGAUUGGUCUCCCUCCAUAGCCGGAGGGGAGCAAAAGCAGGGGUGUCUGCUGAACCCACCACCCGAACCUAUGACCUCAAUAAACCCCCUGAAUUUUCUUUUGAGAAAGCAAGGGUCAGAAAGGACUCCAGCGAGAAGAAGCUCAUUACAGAUGCCCUUAAUAGAAAUCAGUUUCUGAAGAGACUGGAUCCUCAGCAGAUCAAAGACAUGGUGGAAUGCAUGUAUGGUAGAAACUACCAGCAAGGGAGUUACAUUAUUAAGCAAGGAGAACCAGGAAACCAUAUCUUUGUGCUAGCAGAGGGUCGACUAGAGGUGUUCCAAGGGGAGAGAUUGCUGUCAUCGAUCCCUAUGUGGACCACGUUUGGGGAGCUAGCCAUUUUAUACAACUGUACAAGAACUGCCUCUGUGAAAGCUAUUACCAAUGUUAAAACUUGGGCACUAGAUCGAGAGGUAUUCCAGAAUAUAAUGAGAAGGACAGCUCAAGCUAGAGAUGAACAGUACAGAAACUUCCUCAGAAGUGUAUCCUUGCUGAAGAAUUUACCUGAAGAUAAAUUAACCAAGAUCAUUGACUGCUUGGAAGUGGAAUACUAUGACAAAGGAGAUUACAUUAUUAGAGAGGGCGAGGAAGGAAGUACCUUCUUCAUUUUAGCAAAAGGAAAGGUAAAAGUCACCCAGAGCACAGAGGGCCACGAUCAGCCACAACUGAUAAAAACACUGCAGAAAGGAGAAUACUUUGGAGAAAAAGCUCUUAUCAGUGAGGAUGUCAGAUCAGCUAACAUCAUCGCCGAAGAAAAUGAUGUCGCAUGCCUGGUUAUAGAUCGAGAGACAUUCAACCAAACAGUCGGGACUUUUGAAGAACUCCAAAAAUACCUUGAAGGGUAUGUGGCAAACCUAAACCGUGAUGAUGAGAAAAGACAUGCAAAGAGAUCCAUGUCUAACUGGAAGCUGUCCAAAGCACUCUCUCUGGAGAUGAUUCAGCUGAAGGAGAAGGUGGCCAGAUUUUCCUCAUCAUCCCCAUUCCAGAACCUUGAGAUUAUUGCAACACUGGGCGUUGGUGGGUUCGGAAGAGUUGAGCUUGUUAAAGUGAAAAAUGAGAAUGUGGCUUUUGCUAUGAAGUGUAUAAGGAAGAAGCACAUCGUUGACACUAAGCAACAGGAGCACGUUUACUCAGAAAAGAGGAUUCUAGAAGAGUUGUGUUCUCCCUUCAUCGUGAAAUUAUAUCGUACUUUCAAGGACAAUAAGUAUGUGUACAUGCUUCUGGAGGCCUGCUUAGGUGGGGAGCUAUGGAGUAUAUUAAGGGACAGAGGCAGCUUUGAUGAGCCCACCUCCAAGUUCUGCGUGGCUUGUGUGACAGAAGCAUUUGAUUACCUGCACCGACUAGGUAUUAUCUACAGAGACCUGAAACCAGAAAACUUAAUUCUAGAUGCUGAGGGUUAUCUUAAAUUGGUUGACUUUGGAUUUGCUAAGAAAAUAGGAUCUGGACAGAAAACGUGGACGUUCUGUGGAACUCCAGAGUAUGUAGCUCCUGAAGUCAUUCUCAACAAAGGACAUGACUUCAGUGUGGAUUUUUGGUCCCUGGGAAUUCUAGUGUAUGAGCUCCUCACUGGCAACCCUCCCUUUUCCGGGAUUGACCAAAUGAUGACCUACAAUUUGAUUCUCAAAGGAAUUGAAAAAAUGGAUUUUCCCAGAAAGAUAACAAGAAGGCCUGAGGAUUUGAUUCGCAGGCUUUGCAGGCAAAAUCCAACGGAGAGACUCGGAAAUCUGAAGAAUGGAAUCAAUGACAUUAAGAGACACAGGUGGUUGAAUGGUUUUAAUUGGGAGGGACUGAAAGCGCGGAACCUUCCAUCACCUUUACAAAGAGAGCUCAGUGGACCCACAGACCACAGCUACUUUGACAAGUAUCCCCCUGAAAAGGGUGUGCCUCCAGAUGAACUGUCAGGCUGGGAUAAAGACUUCUGACAGAAGAAAAGAUGAUUACUGCCGAUACAUACAGAAGAAGAGUUACUUUAUAAAGACGAAGAAAUGAACCAUCAUAUAACCCCAAUAAUUCCACUGUUUCCUAGCUGGGUGACCUUGGGAAACUGAGUUCACUGCUUUGAGUAGAGCACUAGCUUUCUCACCUGUAGAAGAAGGCAUGGUAAAGUGGUACCUACUUUAGAGGCCUGUUUCAGGCCUUAACAAAGACACCCAAAGAGUCCUUUGCUGAUAUCUGUGAAAUAAUCAAUGCUGCAUAGGUGGGAGCUACUGUUACCGUCUCUGUUAGAAUCAAAGGGGACUUAAUAACCAUUUAGUCUUGAACCUAUAUAUCAUUGAUAUCUGUAUGUACAGUUGUUCCAAUUAAAAUCAGUAUUUAUCUUCUUCUUUUAAAUCAUGAAGUAAAGAUGAAGAAUUAA